AUGAAGUGUGAACUCGGCCUAUCAUUUUUAUUUGCUCCCUUCAUUCUCGCCGCGCCCAGCCCAGACCAGAGUCGGCGAGCCUUUACACUCGAAACGUUAACUGGCCCCAAUGGACCGCAAAUGUACUUCAAAUUCACAGCAAUUGGAGGGAGUAUUUUCGCCAACAAACCAAAUAAUGACGCAAGAUGCGAGAAAGGUGCUAAGCAAGACUAUGCAACAUUCACGUUGAAGGGUGAUGAGCUGUUUCUCUACUCCAAGGGCAGGAGGCGCCAGCAAGUCUAUGGCACCAACGGCGAAUGUGCUCUGGGAUACAUAUCAGAGGGCGAGGAAGCCCCGGAGGGAAGCACGCUCAAGGGCUGGGCGGUUGACAGGACUACCAAUGAGGUAAGGCUGAAUGGGAAGCGUUUCAGGGGUUGGACGAAUGUCACAACGGGAACACCGGACGACAUGUACCAGAUGUACAUUAGCGAGAUCGAUGAUUUGCCCGAGGGCUACACGGCUUGGGGCGGGAUUGUAUACAGCGAGGAGAACCCGGUCAGCUGCGUGUACUCGUGA